CGGUGAAGCCUCCAUGUAACCUGCAGGUGGCGGCAGAGGCAGCCGCAGGCAUGAUGCGGAGUGCACGGGAUUUGUCCCUCUCUGGAGUCCGUACAGGAGACAUGGCGUCUUCCCGGGAUGUCCACGUAGAGAUUUGUCACCAGGAGAUCGUCAAGUAUGAUCUGGAGAUCAAAGCGCUGAUCCAGGAUAUCAGGGAAUGCAUGGGACCAAUCGGCACACUAAAUGACCUCAAUGCUCAAGUAAAAGAAAAGUUCCAGCUCCUGAGACUGAGGAUUCAGGACCUGGAGCUGUUGGCCAAAGAACAAGACAAGGAGUCGGACAAGCAAACUUUGCUAAAAGAGAUGGAAUGCCACAAAAAACAGAUGCUCAGCAAUCAGACUGUGUGGAGGAAGGCAAAUCUUUCCUCUAAGCUGGCGAUAGAUAACUCUGAGAAGGAUGAACUACUUGAAGAUGGUGAUUCUACAAGACAGAGAAAAGUAACCAAAGACAACCUAACAGAGUCCACAAGCAACAUCACGGAGAGCCUAAUGAGUGUCAGCCGAAUGAUGGCUCAGCAGGUGCAGCAAAGUGAAAUAACUAUGCAUACUCUAGCCACCUCAUCCAGGACAAUCCAGGAGGCCAAUGAAGAAUUCAAAUCCAUGUCUGGAACCAUCCAGCUGGGCCGUAAACUUAUCACCAAAUAUAACCGCCGUGAGCUGACGGACAAGUUGCUCAUUUUCCUGGCGCUUGCCUUGUUUUUGGCAACUGUACUUUAUAUCUUAAAGAAAAGACUCUUUCCAUUCUAAGAGUGGCUGCACUUUCUAGGACCUUACUUAUUAAUAGCUGCUACCGUAACCCGUGUGUCCCCGAUAUGGAUCCGAGGAUGUAAGGCAGAUGGAUCACAUUAUACAAACUGCGUGUAUAUUUCUCUGCUGGAAGGAGGCAUAUGAGCACAUCGCCACAAAAAUUGCAAGCAGGCUUUUUAUUGCAGAAGGGACAUGCUAUGUCUCUUGCAGUAAACGAUUUUCUUUAGACUGUACACUGAGCUGUGCGAACGAAGCUUAGUUUACAUUCUAGACACACUUCAGUCCCAGAGAGAACCUGUCAAUCAAGAUGGCCAAAGAUCCCGAACUCAGAAGAAGACUUGGGUGAAGCUGUCAACAUCAGAGAGAAACAAAUGGGUUUUAAGUAAAGAGCUUUAAGAGCGUUAAGGAAAGUACUUAAAUAAGACUUUGUAAAGAAGAAUCCAGAUAAAUAGAUAUAUGCACGGAAUUGCAUAUUAUUUAUUUCUCUGUAGAGCCUUGUGUCUUGUGAUUCACAGACCUCUAUCAGAUUGUGUUGUCAGGAAGAUGACUCCAGUAUUCCUGUAUUGGUUUAUGGUAUCUUGUGUCACCAGCCUGCCCACUUGAAAAUGAAUCAGGUGUGAUCACGCCGAUUCAUUAUCCAAUGUACAGGCUGGAAGCGACAGGCAGGAGCUGAACCAGAAAAUGGCGGUUUCUCUUUUGUGACUGUACAGUUUGGCAGAGGCAAGUAAAUUACAUGACUGGUUAACUAGAAUUAGGCCUGUGUGAAUAGGUUUUUGUGUGCUUCACAUGGGUUUGGCAUUCCUCUACAACCCUAUGUUAAUGCAGAACCCACUUAAAGCAGGUCAGAAGGUGGUCAACUGCAUGCUCAGUGAACUGAAUUCUGAAUGAUCUCAGAAUCAUGCCAAACUGAUGUCAUCGACACGGGCCUUUAGCGAUCCUGUGGAAGGUAAAGCAGGUCCCAUUAUGUAUUUGGCUGUUUGCCUGAUGCUUCACUUAAACUCCAAGACAUGUUUACAUUUGAUUACAUAUGGAUAUGUGAUAGUACUGCCAAAUUUAUACUUUUUUUUUUUUUUUAGGUUGUUUCUCGAGUUUACAGUUUCUUGUAGAUAUUUUAGUGCUCUGCCAUCAUAUGACAGCAGAACCUCUUAGUGAAUUUGGUAAAAUUGGUAAACAUGGUAGUCAGUGUUCUCCAGACAUCAGCUGCCACUAACAGGUCAUGUUUUCCAGAAAGAACAUAAAGUUUACGUUUGGGAAAUGCUACCCGGUGAAAUGUACUAAUAAAAUACAAUGGGAACUUUAUAAAACCA